AUGACAAGCCAGCUUAUUUUAACUUUAGUGCAAAUAUUAUACUUUUACAAUUCAAUUGUUGAAACGAAAUAUUUUGGAAGCAAUGAAUAUUAUUGGACUGCUAGAAAUAAACUUCAAGCUGUUGAACAAAAUAUGCAUUUAGGAUAUCAAUUACAACUAAACGACAAAGAAAUUAUUGUUAACACUUUAUUAAUGGAUGCAAAACAUGCAGAAUUUAAUGUUGGAUUAAUAAAACCAGUUGACUUUUUACCAUCAAUGAAUUUUUUAAAAGCAAAACCUUUAAUUGAGAACUCCACGGUGUUUCAAAUAAUAAAGAAAAUGCCAAAAGGGGCUAUUUUACAUGUUCAUGAAAAAGCAAUGGUUUCAACAGACUUUUUAUACAAUUUAACAUACAUUGAUGACUUAUUUAUAUGUAUUACGGAAACCGAUGAAAUCAGUUUCAAAUUCGCUGCCGAAAAACCGAACAAAUCUAAAGGUUGUGACAAUUGGGAAUUAUUAAGUGAUUUACGGCGGAAUGAGAAUAAUAUUGAAGAAUUAAAUGCAAAAAUUAAAUCAAGUUUUACGUUGAUUGUAGAAGAUCCUGAUGCUGUGUAUUUUGAUAUAAAUCAAGUUUGGAAAAGAUUUAAUUCAAUUUUUAAUACGGUCCAUGGACUUUUAACUUACCGACCUGUUCUAGAAGAGUAUUUGUAUCAAGUAUUUGAAGAAUGUGUAAAUGAUCAUAUUUUACAUUUAGAAUUCCGCGGAUCUUUACCAGAAGUGUAUGAAAAAGAUGGUAGUGUUUUUAAUGAAGAACAACUUAUUGAAAUAUAUCUAAAUAUUAUUAAAAGCUUUCAAAGUACUCAUCCUCAUUUUAGCGUAAAAUUUAUUUUUGCUCCAAGUCGAAACAUUAACCAGAAAGUUUUUAAUGAAAAAAUUGCUUUGUUUAAGAAACUGAAAGCACUAAAUCCAGAUUUUAUGGUUGGCUUUGAUUUAGUUGGUCAAGAAGAUUCUGGCAAUGCCCUCAUUGACUUUGCUGAUAGAAUAUUAAAAGAAAAUAUUGAUUUUUAUUUCCAUGCCGGAGAAACUAAUUGGAAAGGAAUGACAGAUGAAAACUUAUUUGAUGCACUUUUAUUAGGUGCAAAACGUAUCGGGCAUGGCUAUGCAAUUACGAAACAUCCAGCUGUGAUGAAACUUUUACAAGAAAACAAAAUUGCAAUUGAAAUCAGUCCAAUUUCUAAUCAAGUUUUAAAUUUAGUUAAAGAUUUAAGAAAUCAUCCAGCUGCCGAAUUAUUUUCCAUUGAUUAUCCAGUUGUUAUUACAAGUGACGAUCCAAGUUUUUGGGGAGCGAUCGGAUUAAGCUACGAUUUUUAUGAAGCUUUUAUGGCAUUCACUAGCUAUAAUGAUGAUAUACGAGUAUUAAAACAAUUGGCAAUUAAUUCUAUUUUGUACAGUGGUAUGAGCCACGAGGAGAAAUCUUUAGCAAUGGAAGUAUUUAAUGAUCAAUGGGACUCAUUUAUUAAUGAAACUAUUAAUAGUUAUUCAUAAAAAAUUUAUAUUUUUAGGAAUACUAAAAAUACAGUGUGUAGAUGUAGUUUAAAUAUAUGAUAAUGUUUUUUUAAAAUAAUAAUUUUUCUG